CUAAACUCCUAUGCUAAGCAUCACCGGCAUUAAAAAUAGCAUGAUCGAAGCUGAAUAAAAUUCUCAUAAGAUCCGAACAUACAAACUUAUGAAUAUAAAUUUGCCAAAAUUCUCAAUCUUUCAAACAUCCCGACGGGCAGACCAGUCUACGGAAGACAGGAGUAGGAAACAACGCUCUUGCUCUGCGGCCCUGCUGCUCCUCUUCUGCAAAAGUGCAGUCCAUCGCAAGGUACCCGUAAUCAUCUACCAUGUAUACAAAUUCAAUCCAAAAUCCUGAUGGAGAUAGUCAAAGAAGAGAAAAAGGACUGAAAAGGAAGUCUACUGAAAAACUUGGAAUGCAAAUCAUGGAUCAGAUGGAUGAUAAUUUGGAAGUACCCAAAAUUGGCAAAAGUUGUUCGAUUGCCAAUGAGGAUUUUCAAAACAGUCAUCUUGAGUUGGAUUCAACUGCACAAUCGCAGGUCAAACAACCUAAAAUUGAUACAAGGACAAUUGGAAACCUUAUUGCAGAAGGGACUGAGAGAAAAAAGAAUAAAAAUAAAGAUGGACUUCAGUGCAUGGAACAAAUCAGAUAUUAUGUCUAGUAAAAACUUGUGGAAUGUAAAUAAUGGACUAGAGAAUGACAGUAUGCUAAACAAAAACGAGAGUACUGCUCAAGAAUCUGAUGUUAAGGUGACCGAGCAUUUCUCAUCAUCUAUUGAGAAGAAAGAUCACUUGUCAAAUGAUUCAUGUCUAUAUCUGGAAAUAGCACCAGUUGCAUGUGUUAGAAGAAAACUUCUUGUCCUUGACGUCAAUGGUCUACUUGCAGACAUUGUAAUGCCAGCACCAAAAGACUGUAUUGCAGAUGCACAUAUCUGGGGACGGGCGGUAUUCAAGAGACCCUCCUGUGAUGAAUUUCUGAAGUUUUGCUUCGAGAAGUUUGAUGUGGGCAUAUCGUCAUCAAGAUCCAGGAAAAUUAUUGAGAACUUUGUCAAUUAUUUAUUGGCAGAUCUACAGCACAAACUGCUAUUUUGUUGGGAUAUGUCGCAUAGUACUCAUACAGGGUACAAAACUCUUGAAAACGUGCAAAAACCCUUGGUCAUGAAGCAGCUAAAGAAAAUAUGGGAAAAAGAUGAUCCUAAUCUUCCUCGGGAGAAGGGAUAUUAUAAUGAAUCGAACACAUUAUUGCUGGAUGAUUCUCCUUACAAGGCCUUGCUCAAUCCUGUCCCGGAGGUGAUCUUCGAGUUUAUUUGGAAGAUAUGUUGAUGUGUGACGAUGUAAGGAAAUAUGUUGAGCAACAUCCAUUCGGUCAAAGUGUUAUAGAUGAAACGAAUGUGUUUUGGAGAUUCUACUCUCGGGUUCUUCAUAGUGUGUCCACUCAAUCAGUCUAGAGAGACCUCUCUCUUCCCUGCUUGCUCAUGGGAUUCAUGAACUCGAGCGGCUAUAGCAUUUUUCUUGUGGUAUUUGUCUUUUACAUUAGGGAAUAUGGAAAAGGUCCGCAUUUAGACAAGGAUGAUUCAAGCAUACAGAAUGACACAGAAGGACAACAUUACUUCAACAAAUUGCUGCUGAUGAUACUUGGCAUAACAAAACCAAAUUCAUCCAAUAAUGGACCUUCAGAGGAUGCCGCCUAAACUUUCUCCCUCUUUUCAUUUAUGGUGGCCUUAAACUAAUAAUGAGUAGAAAUUUGGCUGAGAUUUUGUACGUUGGAUUCCCUCAAUUCUUUUUGUUGUUUAUCAUUACUAAUAAAUUUCUUCGUCUACUAUAUUUAUAGUUCAGGUCCAGAAGUUGUAUUUAAUGGAUCGUCUGGCCAUAUUAUGACUGGCAUUUGUCAGUGUUUGAAUGUAAAGCUGCUUAUUUAUAGAGGAAUAUGUAAUGAUUGUGCUGUUUACACCAGCUUCUGCUUUAUAUUGUCAGUUACUCUGGCAAAUCGAUUCAGCUGGUCGAUGACAAUGUUUUGACAUGUUUUAAAACUAUCAUG